CUGCAGCAGGGAGGCUGAGCAGCAGYAGGGGGAGCAGUUGGCUGGCAGCGGCUCGGAUCGGGAGAAGCUGGAUCCACCGCUGGACAAUGUGUGAGACCGUCGGAAAGUUGAUCGAGCAGCCCGCGGGAUGGAAGCGGAGAUAGUUUGACCCACAUCGGAACCGUAGCUCAGCGUGAACCGGGCCGGACGAGCUGGUGGUCUUUGUUCGGAGGACGCGGCCGCAGCGAUGGGAACACGGCGCUGAGGAACGGGAGAAAAGAUGGGAGUCUCGCUGCGGAGCCUGUUGUUGUUGUGGACUUUUUGUUGUCUCGUCCGAGGACCUGCAGGCGAGCCCCUCCUCCUCUAUGCGAACAGGCGGGACCUGCGGAUCGUGGACGUGGAACAUGAGAAGACCAACGGGACGGUGGUGGUGGAGGGUCUGGAGGACGCCGCGGCCGUGGACUACGUGUACUCCCAGGGUCUGGUGUACUGGAGCGACGUGAGCGAGGAGGCCAUCAAACGGACCUUCUUUAACCAGUCUGGACACAGCGUGGUCCAGACCGUGCUGCCGGGUCUGACCUCCCCGGACGGACUGGCCUGUGAUUGGUUGGGGAGGAAGCUGUACUGGACGGACUCUGAGGCCAAUCGGAUCGAGGUGGCUGAGCUGGACGGGUCUUUGAGGAAGGUUCUGUUCUGGCAGGAGCUGGACCAGCCCAGAGCCAUCGCCCUGGAUCCAGAACGAGGGUUCAUGUACUGGACGGACUGGGGCGAGGUGCCAAAGAUCGAGCGGGCCGGGAUGGACGGGACCAACCGGUCCAUCAUCAUCGAUAAGGACAUCAACUGGCCCAACGGACUGACCCUGGACUACUCUGAGCUGCAGCUGUACUGGGCCGACGCCAAGCUCAACUUCAUCCACCGGGCCGACCUGGACGGCUCCGCAAGGAAGGUGGUGAUCAAAGGGGACCUGCCUCACCCGUUCGCCCUGACCCUGUUCCAGAACACGCUAUUCUGGACCGACUGGACCACUCACUCCAUCCACUCCUGCAGCAAGCUGACGGGUCAGAACCAGCGCCUCGUCCACUCCAACAUCUUCUCUCCCAUGGACAUCCAUGUUUUCAGUCCCCAGAGACAGCCCGUCUCAGCCAGCACCUGGUGUUCUGUCAACAAUGGAGGAUGUUCUCACCUGUGCCUGCUGUCUCCAAGCAGACCCUUCUACAGGUGUGCCUGUCCCACCGGAGUCCAGCUGCUGGAGGACAGCAAGACCUGCAGAGACGGAGCCACCCAGAUGCUGCUGCUGGCGCGGCGGACAGACCUGCGGCGGAUCUCUCUGGACACGCCGGACUUCACGGACCUCAUCCUGCAGGUGGAGGACAUCCGUCACGCCAUCGCCAUAGACUACGACCCGGUGGAGGGCUACGUGUACUGGACUGACGACGACGUGAAGGCCAUCCGCCGCGCCCUGCUGGACGGAAGCCACGCCCAGUUUGUAGUCACGUCCCAGGUCAGCCACCCCGAYGGCAUCGCUGUGGACUGGAUCGCCCGGAACCUCUACUGGACCGACACUGGCACGGACCGCAUCGAGGUGACCCGCCUGAACGGCACCAUGAGGAAGAUCCUGAUCUCUGAGGACCUGGACGAGCCCAGGGCCAUCGUUCUGGACCCCACGGCCGGGUACAUGUACUGGACCGACUGGGGCGAGGUGCCGAAGAUCGAGCGGGCCAACAUGGACGGGACGGAGCGGCUGGUGAUGGUGAACACGUCUCUGGGCUGGCCCAACGGGCUGGCCCUCGACUACAACGAACAGAAGAUCUACUGGGGAGACGCCAAGACGGACCGGAUCGAGGUGAUGAACAUGGAUGGGUCGGCCCGACGGGUCCUGGUGAAGGACAGGAUUCCUCACAUCUUCGGCUUCACCCUGCUGGACGACUUCAUCUACUGGACGGACUGGCAGAGCCGCAGCAUCGAGAGAGUCCACAAACACACCGCCGAGAGGGAGACCAUCAUAGACCAGCUGCCAGACCUCAUGGGCCUCAAGGCCACCAAAGUCCACCAAGCUUUCGGUACUAACCCGUGUGCGGACUCCAACGGCGGCUGCAGCCACCUGUGCCUGUUCACGCCUCACGGCGUGCAGUGCGACUGCCCCAUCGGUCUGGAACUGAUCGCUGACAUGCGGACCUGCAUCAUCCCCGAGGCCUUCCUGCUCUUUUCUCGCCACACGGACAUUCGCAGGAUCUCCCUGGAGACCAACAACAACAACGUGGCCAUCCCGCUGACAGGAGUCAAGGAGGCCUCUGCGCUGGACUUCGAUGUCACCGACAACCGGAUCUACUGGACUGACAUCACACUGAAGACCAUCAGCCGGGCCUUCAUGAACGGCAGUGCUCUGGAGCAUGUGGUCCAGUUCGGACUUGACUAUCCAGAGGGGAUGGCGGUGGACUGGCUGGGGAAGAACCUGUACUGGGCUGACACUGGGACCAACCGCAUUGAAGUGGCCAAACUGGAUGGACAGCACCGGCAGGUUCUGGUCUGGAAAGAUCUGGACAGCCCACGAGCUCUGGCUCUUGAUCCUGCUGAGGGGUUCAUGUACUGGACUGAGUGGGGUGGGAAACCAAAGAUAGACCGGGCCGCCAUGGACGGGACGGGACGGGUCACGUUGGUAGCUGAUGUGGGCCGGGCCAACGGACUCACCAUCGACUACUCUGAGCGACGUCUCUACUGGACCGACCUGGACACAACCCUGAUCGAGUCGUCCAACAUGCUCGGUCAGGACCGGGAGGUGAUAGCUGAUGACCUCCCUCAUCCGUUUGGUCUGACCCAGUUCCAGGACUACAUCUACUGGACGGACUGGAGCCAGCGCAGCAUCGAGCGAGCCAACAAGACCAGUGGUCAGAACCGCACCCUGAUCCAGGGCCACCUGGACUACGUCAUGGACAUCCUGGUGUUCCACUCGUCCAGACAGGGGGGCUGGAACACCUGUGCCUCCACUAAUGGACACUGCUCCCACCUGUGCCUCGCCGUCCCCAUCAGAGGCUUUGUCUGCGGAUGCCCCGCCCACUUCUCUCUAAACUCCGACAACAAGACGUGCAACGCUCCCACAUCGUUCCUGCUCUUCAGCCAGAAGAACUCCAUCAACCGGAUGGUGAUCGACGAGCAGCAGAGCCCCGACAUCAUCCUGCCCAUCCACAACCUGAAGAACGUCCGCGCCAUUGACUACGACCCGCUCGACAAGCAGCUCUACUGGAUCGACUCCAAGCAGAACGUCAUCCGCCGUACGCAGGAGGACGGGAACCAGAGUACGACGGUGGUGUCGAGUUUCGUGGUGGCGCCGGGUCCGGGCCUGCAGCUGUUUGACCUGAGCAUCGACAUCUACAGCCGCUUCAUCUACUGGACCAGCGAGGUGACCAACGUCAUCAACGUGACCCGAACGGACGGCAGCAGGGUGGGCGUGGUGCUGCGGGGCGAGCACGACAAGCCCAGAGCCAUCGUGGUCAACCCGGAGCGUGGGUACAUGUACUUCACCAACCUGCAGGAACGCUCACCAAAGAUCGAGCGAGCGGCGCUGGAUGGCACUGAGCGGGAGGUUCUGUUCUUCAGUGGGCUGGGAAAACCGGUGGCUCUCGCCAUCGACGACGAGGUCGGGAAGCUGUUCUGGGUCGAUUCGGAUCUGCGACGCAUCGAGAGCAGCGACCUGUCUGGCGCCAAUCGGGUGGUGAUCGCGGACUCAAACAUCCUGCAGCCUGUGGGACUGACGGUGUUCGGGAACCACCUGUACUGGAUCGACAAGCAGCAGCAGAUGAUUGAACGCAUCGACAAGACGACGAGGGAGGGCCGCACCAAGGUGCAGGCACGAGUGGCCUACCUGAGCGACAUCCACGCUGUGCAGGAGCUGGACAUGAAGGACUACAGUAAACACCCCUGUACCAACGAUAACGGUGGCUGCUCCCACAUCUGCGUGGUUAAAGGAGACGGGACGACGCGCUGCUCCUGUCCCAUCCACCUGGUGCUGCUGCCAGAUGAGCUCACCUGUGGAGAACCACCCACCUGUUCGCCCAAGCAGUUCACCUGCAGGUCCGGGGAGGUGGACUGCAUCCCCAACACCUGGAGGUGUGACGGCUACGUGGAGUGUGACGACAGCAGCGACGAGGAGGACUGCCCCGUCUGCUCCGAGUCCGAGUUCCAGUGUGACAGCCGGCAGUGCAUCGACAURAGCCUGCGCUGCAACGGAGAGGUCAACUGUCAGGACAAGUCCGACGAGAAUGAGUGUGAAG